UUCAGCAGCAGCAUCUUUGAGAAGCACAAACAACAUCCAGGGAAACCCAGGAGAUAAACCAAACACAAACCACGUCUGCGUGUUCCGGCUCCACAGUCUGCUGAACUCCUGUCACUUCCUGCGACUGCAAACAAGACACAAUGAAAGUUGCCGUUGUUUUCGUGCUGCUCUUCGCCACAGUCCUCUGCCGGCCGGCAACAAAGGUUUCUGUCAGCAGUUCAGAGAGCUCUGAAGAAAUGGCGAGAAGACCAGCAGCUCCAGCCCUCACGAAACAAGCGCUUCCUGAGCUUCGUGCAGCACCUCUACAGAACGUUGAAGCAGCACCUUCUACCAACUCAGACGAGACCACAGAGAGCUCAGAUGAAGACGAGCAGGUGGCAGCAGAGGCUCUAGUAGAAGUCAAAUCAGAGAGCGCUGACACAACUUCAUCCCCAGAAACAGCCUCUGUCAGCAGCCAGGACAGUGAAGACAGUGAUGUUGAUGAUGACGAUGAAACAGAGGAGACUGAAAACAAUGAAGAUGAAUCUAGCGACAGCGCAGAGUCGGGCGAAUCCUCGUCCCCCGCUCCUUCCACACAAACCCUUGUGUUAGCCACAGAUGAACCCUUGGCUGAGACCACUGCUGAGCCCAUCGUUCCCACCAUCGUCACCGACAUCCCCGCCACAGAUUCAGGCCGUGGCGACAGCUUGGGACGCUACCCCAGCGACUACAAGUCCAGUGACUACAAGUCCAGUGACUACAAGUCCAGUGACUACAAGUCCAGUGACUACAAGUCCAUCAACUACGUGGAGGACAAAUCCUACAACAAGGUUCCCGGCCCCUACAAGUCCUACGAAUUCAUGGGCACCGGAAAGAAGAUGGACUACGACAUGACAGAGGGCAACGAGGUGGACAAGUCACUGAAGGUGUACAAGGCUAUUCAUGUCCACUCUGACCUCCUGGAGGAGGACACCAGCACCCCUGAGGUGGAGAGCCAGGGCCUCGACGCCUCCUCCGGCACCUCUCAGGACCAGGUCAUCAGCCCCCGCCAGGCCUCUUUCUCAGAAGAGGAGGAGAGCGCCAGCGCUAGCGACGCCUCCACUAGCGAGAGCUCUAGCGCUCCUGAGGAAGAGGAGGAGGAGGAGGAGGAAAGCGCCAGCACAGCCAACGACAGCGACAGCGCCAGCGCCAGCCAGGAGUCGGAGGACGAGGAGAGCCAGAGCAGCGAGGAGGCCACUGCCACACCUGGAGCCGCUGACAGCGACUCAGAUGAGAGCACUGAGAGUGACGAGGAGGGGGCGGGACCUGUCAUCACCACUGAAAUGCCAGUGGUCAUCACCACUGACAUGCCAGCGGUCAUCACUGCCAAAUAAGCAUCUCACAUCCAAUGGAAAUGGAAAGGAGGUGUCAGAUAGAAUAAAGCGCACACGCUGCAUUGAGGUGCAAAACGCCCUCCACUUUCCACUGUAGGGCCAAACAGGGACCGCCAAGGCUUGAUUAUUUUGUUGAUUUUAAUAUGUUCCGACAUUAUUUCUGUGAUUAUUUGUGCAUCGUUAGGAAAGCUGAAUUGCUGUUCCUUCUGGAUUGUAUUUAAAUAAACCAAUUACCCCUGCAUCCUGUGGUCUGGUUGCUGGUGGUAGGAUGUUGAAAUCGCGACUGCAACAGAAGGUUGACUGACCUCAUGACCUUUGCCCACUCCCUUCUAACCUCCGUAGCUGGAGUCCUGAUAUCUACACCAGCACUACACAUCAUUUAACCAUUUACUUAUUACUGCAAUAUGCAAACCUACAUUGUGUUGUGCUUAUAAGAAUACAAAUGCACCGUUUAUUUAAAUAAAUGUAAUCAUUUUAAGUGUAACGAAAAACUUGACAUUAAGCCACACAUUUGCUGCCUGUGUGGCUUAGCUUCUUUGCUAGCUAGUAACAAAUCUGCUUGUGUAGAUAAAAUGAUUCAAACAGAGAAACUAUUAUAGGGUUCAGUCGGUUAUAGAUACACACACACACACACACACACACACACACAAUCCCUUUCAUUUGCACAGUCACCUACCUACAGUACAUGUUGUUUGUCCCAUGUUGUUUACUGUGUUGUAUCAUAUUGUACCAUUUAUAAUAUUUGAAUAAAGUUCUUUUUUCAUAAAAAGA